CUUCUACUAUUGAAUCUCAGAGUUGGCCGUGACGCGCGGCCCAUGGGAAGACCACAUAGAUCUCAGCAGAAUGCUACGACCAUCGAGCUUUCUCCCCCGACGACUCGUGUAUGGGAAUCUCUCUGCGCAGCUCGCCUUUUGAGAGAAACACACUUUUUGGGGACGGGACACGGUGAAAGCGGUGAGAGCGGUGGAGACCUCCGGAUCACGAAAUGUUGGGAUGGAAGGCGCAGACUUUGACUCGCCGUCUCCAACAGGAGUAUGAAGUCCUACUUGACGGGUGUGAGAUCUCCGAGAGUGAAACUUUGUUGCCUUGGGAUAUCGCUACACGCCAUCGGGGAGAUACAAUAAAGUGGGAAACGGUUACCACCUCGCAGUCCCCGCAACAUGGCCUCGGCUGCUAAUGCGCCCUCCGAGCAGGAAAACAGAGACCCCGAUCGGCCGAGGAUAACGCGGAGGAACAGGGGGGACUAUACCCGCAACACACCGCUGGAUUUGGAGUAUUUGCAGCGGCCGAGUUACUGCGAUGCGGGCUUCGCUUUGCAGCAGAUCACAGAGGGGAAGGCGACGGGGAGGAAGGCACCUCUGUGGCUGAGAGCGAAGUUCCAGAGACUUUUAUUCAGGCUGGGCUGUUACAUACAAAAGAACUGCGGAAAGUUUUUGGUUGUGGGGCUGAUGAUUUUUGGAGCUUUCGCUGUGGGCUUACGGGCAGCUAAUCUGGAGACGGACGUGGAGAAACUCUGGGUGGAAGUUGGCGGGCGUGUGAACCAGGAGCUGAGGUACACACGGCAGAAGAUAGGCGAGGAGGCCAUGUUUAACCCUCAGCUGAUGAUCCAGACGCCGCGGGAUGAAGGAGCCAAUGUUUUAACGGUGGAGGCGCUCCUGCAGCACCUGGAUUCAGCUCUCAGAGCCAGCAGAGUUCAUGUUUACCUUUAUAAUAGACAAUGGAAAUUGGAACACUUAUGCUACAAAUCAGGAGAACUAGUCACAGAAACUCAUUUUAUGAAUCAGAUCAUAGAAAAGCUACAUCCCUGCCUCAUCAUCACCCCUUUGGACUGUUUCUGGGAGGGCGCCAAGCUCCAUUCAGGAAUGCUCUAUCUCCCAGGUAAAGACCCUUACCAGUGGACCAACUUUGACCCUAAGGAGUUCCUCGAGGACUUGCGAAAGGCAAACUUCCCCGUUGAAGGUUUCGAGGAAAUGUUAGAGAAGGCGGGCGUCGGACACGGCUACAUGGAUAGACCCUGUCUGAACCCUGCUGACCCUGACUGUCCCCUCACUGCGCCCAAUAAGAACUCAACAAAGCCAUUCGACGUGGCGCGGGCCCUGAGAGGAGGCUGCCACGGUCUGUCCAGGAAGUACAUGCACUGGCAGGAGGAACUGAUCGUGGGAGGGACCACCAAGAACGGCAGCGGACCCCUGCUCAGUGCCCAGGCCUUACAGACCAUGUUCCAGCUGAUGACUCCCAAGCAGAUGUUUGAGCACUUUCGGGGCUACGACGAUGUUUCCCACAUCAACUGGAACGAAGAGAAGGCUGCAGCUAUACUGGAAGCCUGGCAGAGGAGAUACUCUGAGGCCGUGUUGCAGAGUGUGGCAGCAAAUUCCUCCCAGAAGGUUUUGUCUUUCACCACCACCACUCUGGAGGACAUCCUCAAGUCUUUCUCUGACAUCAGCGUCAUCCGUGUGGCCAGUGGAUACCUGCUGAUGCUGGCCUAUGCGUGUCUGACCAUGCUGCGGUGGGACUGUGCCAAGUCUCAGGGGGCCGUGGGGCUGGCGGGUGUCCUGCUGGUGACGCUCUCUGUGGCGGCCGGUCUGGGCCUCUGCUCUCUGCUGGGCAUCUCCUUCAAUGCUGCCACCACACAGGUGUUACCCUUCCUGGCUCUGGGCGUUGGAGUGGAUGAUGUCUUCCUCCUCGCUCAUGCCUUCAGUGAGACCGGACAGAACAAGAGGAUCCCCUUUGAGGACCGUACGGGCGAGUGUCUUAAGAGGACGGGGGCAAGCGUGGCUCUCACCUCCAUCAGUAACGUCACAGCAUUCUUCAUGGCAGCCCUCAUCCCCAUCCCGGCGCUCAGAGCUUUUUCUCUACAGGCUGCAGUAGUGGUGGUGUUCAACUUUGCUAUGGUGCUGCUCAUCUUCCCCGCCAUCCUCAGCAUGGACCUCUACCGACGAGAAGACCGACGUUUCGACAUUUUCUGCUGCUUCUACAGCCCAUGUGCCAACCGUGUGAUCCAAAUAGAGCCCCACGCAUACCUGGACGGGGCAGAUUCAAGCCGCUACAGCCCUCCGCCCUCCUACCGCACCCCUCCGCCCUCCUACCGCACGCCUCCGCCCAGCUACAGCAGCCCCCCUCCCUCGUACAGCAGCCACGGCUUUGCCCAGCAGACCCAGAUCACCAUGCAGUCCACGGUGCAGCUCAGGACCGAGUACGACCCGCGCACUCAGGCCUUCUACACCACAGCCGAGCCCAGAUCCCAGAUCUCUGUGCAGCCCAUCAACCCAGCUCCCGCCAGGAGCAACCAGAACGCCGACUAUUACAGCAGCAACGCAAGCGGGAGCAGGAGCAGCAGCGGCAGCAACCACGGCAAUCUCAACAACAACAACAGCGGGAGAAUGGGGAGCAAUGGGGGAUCACGGGGUUCGGACACGUUCUCCCAUCAUCAUCCUGUUCCUGCUCCGGCUGCUCCAAAUGCCAGCUCGGCUCCUCAGGGUGACGUGGCCUCAUCCACAGGACAGAUCCCGGAGAAUAACAGCUCUACACGGGACCUUAUAUCCCAGUUUGGGGAUGGCUCACUGGGCCUGCGCUGCCUUGAGCCUCCCUGUUCACGCUGGACACUGGCAUCUUUCGCUGAGAGACACUACGCUCCGUUCCUUCUGCAGCCCACUACCAAGGUGGUUGUGAUUGUGCUCUUCCUCUGCCUGCUGGGAGUCAGUUUAUACGGGACCACCCAGGUGAGGGACGGCCUGGAGCUGACCGACAUCGUGCCCAGAGAAACCAGCGAGUACGACUUCAUCGGCGCCCAGUUCAAGUUCUUCUCCUUCUACAACAUGUACGUGGUGACGCAGCGGGCCGAAUACGCCCAGAAGCAGCCUCUGCUGCACCAGCUCCACCAGAGGUUCCACACUGUGCGCUACGUGCUGAAGGAGGACAACGGACAGCUGCCCCGCAUGUGGCUGGGCUACUUCAGGGAUUGGCUGCAAGGUCUCCAGCAGGCUUUCGACAAGGACUGGGAGGCCGGCCGCAUCACUCUCAACAGCUACAGGAACGGCUCCGAUGAUGGCGUCCUGGCGUACAAGCUUUUGGUGCAGACAGGACGCAGGGAAAAGCCCAUCAACUUCAACCUGCUGACUCGUCAGAGGCUUGUGGACGCAGACGGCAUCAUCAACCCUGGGGCUUUCUACAUCUACCUAACCGCCUGGGUCAGCAAUGAUCCUGUGGCCUACGCCGCCUCGCAGGCCAACAUCCGCCCACACCCUCCUGAGUGGCUCCAUGACCGUACCGACUCUAUGCCCGAGACACGCCUCAGCAUCCCGGCAGCUGAGCCCAUCGAAUACGCACAGUUCCCCUUCUACCUCAACGGGCUCCGGGAGACGCCGCAGUUUGUGGAGGCCAUCGAGAGUGUGCGGGCUAUCUGCAGCAACUACAGCCGACAAGGAUUGCCCUCCUACCCAAACGGCUACCCUUUCCUCUUCUGGGAACAGUAUGUUAGUCUGCGCCACUGGCUCCUGCUGUCCAUCAGUGUCGUGCUCGCCUGCACCUUCCUGGUCUGUGCCCUCUUCCUGCUCAACCCGUGGACCGCUGGCAUCAUAGUAUUGGUGCUUUCUCUCAUGACUGUGGAGCUGUUUGGCUUCAUGGGGCUGAUGGGAAUCAAGCUGAGCGCCGUGCCUGUGGUCAUCCUCAUCGCCUCCGUCGGCAUUGGAGUGGAGUUCACCGUCCAUGUUGCCCUGGCGUUCCUGACAGCCAUAGGGGAUCGUCACAAGCGGGCCGUGCUGGCGUUGGAGCACAUGUUUGCUCCGGUGCUCGAUGGAGCCUUUUCCACAUUACUAGGCGUCCUCAUGCUUGCUGGGUCUGAGUUCGACUUUAUCGUCAGGUAUUUCUUUGCAGUGUUGGCCAUCCUUACAGUUCUUGGAGUACUGAAUGGAUUGGUACUUCUUCCAGUAUUACUGUCGUACUUUGGACCCUAUCCUGAGGUGUCACCAGUCGAUGGUCGCAGCAGGUUACCCACCCCGUCCCCAGAGGCCCCACCUCCCGUGGUCCGCUUCUCCGUCCGUCCUCACCACACUACCGGGACCGCAACCACCUCGGGCGCAGCUUCAGACUCUUCAGACUCUGAGUACAGUUCUAACACCACAGUGUCUGGCAUCAGCCACGAGCUGCAGAACUACAACCUGCCCUCCUCACACAGAGGACAAACUCGAGCAGAGGAGCAGCAGUACCACCUCCAGGCCAGCAGGGGCAGAGCAGCCAGGACAGAAGAGGAGAGAAGAGCAGGAGCAGGGCACAGACGCUCAGCCAGACAGCCCGAACCUCCAAACUAUUCUUCGACUGUGUCCUCUCAGGGUUGUGAUUCUGGGACCCGGUCCAGGGCUACUCAGCGUACCAGCAGCAGGGGCCCCAAGAGCCAGCUGCACUGGCAAGCCCCGCCCCCAGCCCGCCCGCGCAUGGACGCUUUUGAAACUGCUACUGAGGCUGGGGGCCAUCAUGGCGCUCACAGCCAUAGAGAACACUCAGCAGGCCAUAGAGCCCGCGCUACCCACAACCCACAGCCUAAUCACCACCACCCACACCACCACCCUAACCCCACCCCAUACUGCCAACCCAUCACCACGGUAACGGCGUCAGCCUCCGUCACUGUUGCCGUCCACCCGCCCCCUUUAUCCAACCAGAGCCCCCCCACUUCUUCUUAUCCAGGAUACACUGCAACGGACAGUUACUGCUCAUCAGGGCCGAAGGAGCCGGAGACUGUCUUCCAGGACCCACACGUGCCGCUGGACACCCACACAGGGGUCAGGGGGGUCCAGGUGGAGGCCAUGGAGCUUCAAGAUUUGGAGUUUGAGGCAGCUGAGAGCAACAGUAGCAGGCGGGCGAGCUGAGUUGUGGAGAACCGAAUUACACCGGCCAAAGACCUGGCCUGGCACAGCCCAGCCCAGCAUAGCCCAGCCUGGCCUAAUCCCGGCAGAGAAAUAACUCUCCAGUGUUGCCGUCAUGGUGCUCAUUUUUACUGUAAUCCAGUGGACUAUUGUCUUAGAUAUUUCUAUCUAUAUUUAAAAGAUGUAUACAUAUGUAAAUAUGAACAAAAAGUAGUAAUAAUGUUUGGAGAUGUACAACUCCUCAUGUUAACAGACUGGGGCUGCCAUUUUAUAUGGUGUGCACGUGCGUGCGUGUGUGUGUGUGUGUGUGUGUGUGUGUGUUUUGGUGUGUAUGACAUGGAGAGAUAGAUCUCUGAUUACUGUUCACUCAUCUGUGGAUCUGUGCCAUUAGGAAGCUUCAUCUAGACAAACAUACCUGUCAGCAUUCACUGUUGCUGCUCAAAAUAUAUUUUUUAAAUAAUAUACAUUUAUAACUCUAUGCAAAUGUCUCUUUUAAACAAAAGAAGUGAUCUGUCUUCAUAUAUGUGCGUGUGUGUAUGUGUGUGCGUGUGUAGCAGGUGAGUGUUGUGCUGUGCGGUGUGAAACAGCCCCUUUAUUUUCUGGCUUAUACAUCAGAUACAUCCUGAGAACAGACUAACAAUAACACCCUCACUUCAACAUGAGGGAGGGGGAAUGUUAGAAUUAUCAAACAGGGCUAUGGUAUAUAUGCGUGUAUGUGCGUGUAUGUGUUCAUGUAUGUUUGUUUACUAUUGUAUAAAGGUACGCAUGUUAAACUAUUAAUUUUUUAUCACAAACCUGUGGUAGUUAUGAAACAAUUACUGUUUAACUUGACACGCUAUGCGUGCUAUUUAAGACGAGCAGAAAUGAAGAAAUUUUAAAGCUGUUUUUUUUUUUUUUUUUUUUGGUUGUUUGUUUUGUUCUUUUAGUUUUGCCUCUGCAUUGGAACAUGUUCCUACUCCCAGCUUUGUAUCACUGUCUGUUAGGCUGCUCUCUGGUUGUAUUUUACUGUAAGAGGUUAUGUAUUGUUUACCCUAGCAGGCUCCAUACAGGUUCUCUGGCAUACAGUCAGUAAACCCACCUCAAAAACUCACUCUGUCAUCACAGGGGCAUUCACGUUACUGCUUCUGAAACAGGGUCAACACGGGGCACUAACUCUGUACCCUAAGUGUUGUGUUUAGUGGAUAAGCUAUAUCUCAGACUUUAUACUGUAACCCGAUCCAACAUGGCACUUGACUGCAUUUAAACUUCAUUCACAGAAAUAUCUCUCCUCAAGUAGCUCUUUAUUUCUGUUCAAACAAUAAGCUAGCUCACGCAGCCUGCUAAGGGCUAAGCCCUAUAUGGCCUGACGAUGUGCUCUGUGUAUGCCUUCCAUAUAUAUGUGUGUAUAAACAUUUCUGUGUUUGCUGAAGUCCAUCAGUCCAUCGUCUUUCUCUGUCUCAGCUCUCUUUAAGUGACAGAAAAGACAACUGGCCUCCUUUUGGUCUCAGCCGCCCCCCCACUGACCUCAGCUAAUAAAAAUCCACAGCAUAACGCCAUGACACUAAUUGGACAACCCCUCCCUUCAUGUGCCAAAUGGCACAGACCUGAGCCUCAGGGGUCAUAGUUUACUCUGCCACCUCCCUCUUUAAAAGCAAUGGCCAGUUUAUGUCUGCAUGUGGGUCUCAGUCAGCAUACAUACGAUCCCCAGUUCCAGAUCCCUGAGCCCCUCACUGCAUCCACACCUCAGUUUCCUCUUCUUUUACUCUCCAGCUCCCUCUAAACGCGUAGCUCUUCCCAGAAGUCUUUGCAGUUUCCUCCCCCUGUCCACCGUUUUAUGUCAGCUGCUUGCAUGAAAUAGCUUGUUUUGUUUGUUUGUUUGUUCGUUUCUCCCAAUGUCACAUUGGCAGUAGCGGAGAGAAUCAUAGCUGGCAACUAUUUUAUUCAUUUUAAAUGUUCUUUUGUUUGUUUUUUGUUUCAACGUUCAAUUGCGAUAUUUAUAUUUUUGUAAUAUAAAAUAUGUUGUUGUUUUCUUUCAUUAUUAUCGUGAUGCCAGUGGAUAACAAAUGCAGGGAUUUUUAUGUCUAUUGAAACACUAUUACAGUUUAAUGUUUUGACAUUAAUGGAGUUUGAUCUGUAUAAAGUGCUUACUAAUGUUAAAUAGGAAAAAAAAGAGUAUAUAACAUUUUACACUACAGGUCUCAUCAUAGCUCUUAGAGGAUUUUAAAAGGAAAAAAAAUCAGUGGUUCUUCCAGACUGCCAUUUUGGUCUCGGUUGGCGUGGAUGUAUGCUGUUUUCAGUUACAAAGAUAAAUGUAUGCCAUAUAAUUUAUUUAUAUGAAAAUUUAUUUUUGUAGUGUACAUAGUAGUUGUCAAGGUAUUUGACAGAAGUAUAUUUUUAAAGAGUUUAUAUGUAAUGAUAUACCAUAACAGAAAAAAAAACUUAAGGUGCACACUUUCACUGCUUACUGUCUUGUGAGACAACAUCAACACCUCCCCUUCAGUAUUAUGUUCGGAUCCUCGGAGAGAGACAGCUGUUUCUGUGGGUUUGUCAAAGGCUAGCCAUGAAAGUAGGAAAUUGUACUAGCUCUCUAAAUAUUAAUGUUCAAACACUGAUAGAAUUCUAACAAAUAAAAAUAUUAUAACUUAUUUGUCUCGUUGUUCAUAACUUUAAUAAAUGGAAACUGAAAAAUA